AUGGACUUUAUCGAGAUCUGCGAGGUGUUCGGGGGAUCCAUACUCCCGGACGAGUUUCGUGGUAACUAUGAGGACGCGGACCGUCAUAUCGCGGCUCUUGAGCAAGAGAUUAUCGCAGGACCAAAUUCAACAACUGCGAGAGCGAGAACGACCCUUCUCCGAGCCAUUUACUACACGCUUUCAGGAGACUUCAGGAGGGCUUAUGAAUGUAUACAUACCCUUCGAGGCUUGCAACAUCGAGGGCUAGAGCGGAUUUGGGUGCUCCGUGGGCAAUUGUACGAAUUUUACGCUGCCAUGCUGGAGCAUCGACCAACAGCUAUUGCGUUUGCGAUGAUCCCUGGGGAUCCCUACGCAAGGUUGUGGAAGGACGAUUCUGAAUUGGUGACUCUGCACGUACAGGCCAGAGAGGCUGGACGAGCCAUAUGUGUUGCCGAAUGUACAACCGUGGUCGAGAAACUAGAACAGGCCGUGAUUCUGGACGUAUGGUCUUUCCUGGAUACUUUGUACUUUUCCUACCUUGAACACCGUGAAUUCACACCACAUGUUACCGCGGAGUCUCUACCACAAGGCCAGGAACGGAACCUGAGUUUCCUGAAUUUCCCAGUUCCAUAUUUGUCCGGUACCCUGGCAAGCGACAUGAGUCAUGCAGGGAAUACAAAGUUCCAGAAUCUCUUGCAGAGAAUGUCCAACGAUAUUGAAUGGGCGAAGGGAGCCUCAAGUGGUCAACAGUGCUUUUCCCACCUCCAAGCCGAAUAUGAAAAUGCUCUGGACUAUGCGGGGCUGGGCCUGUGCAAAAUAAAUGAAGGCGAUCGCAUACUAUCACCCUCAUACACGAGUCCUGUAGCGUUUAAUUUGAUGUGUGAGUUGCGCGACAAUGGGUGGGAAAAUAUGGCAUGGGACUCAUUAGAGUCAACGUUUCGAUUGGAGGAUAACGAGCAGGCUCAUAGGCGCUAUGAUGAAGCUCUUUUUUAUAUGGAGGCUGCGUGUGCCCCAAGAGGUCAAGCCGCUGUCUACCUGCGCAGGGGGUGCGUGAAUCAUGCAGCAGGAAUCCGAUCUAAGGCGGGACCUGACUGCGCCCAGUUCAAACAAGCUGAGGAAAAUUUCACAACAGCACUCAGCCUUUUCGCCAACGACACGUUUAACCAACAGCUGGUUACCUGUCAUCUCGCUUUACUUAACUGUAGCCGUGGACAGACUGAAUCCGCUGUGGAGAUAGCAAGACGCCUAGGGAUCGAGUUGCGCGAAGCGCAAAGCUCCAAACUCUCCCACUUCCUUGGGACAUUGAUACUUCGAUUUGCUCACUUCCAGUUCGUGCAGCACAAGAACACUAGGGUGGCUACUGCUUGUUGUGAAUGUGCCGCUGUCUACCACGAGGCAUUGGAGAGUCCUCUAGGUUCCCUUUUUACAGCGGAGGCAUUUAUUACACUGUUCAGGCAAACACAUAACUGGACGCGCGCGCAAGCAAAGGUCACAGAGAGCAUAAAGCCCUCUGGAGUUAUACACCGCGCAUUCGCAUACCUCGACGACAGUGUGUCCCACAAAGUCGACCCUCACAACCUCCGUAACUCAAGGAAUUCGCUCCUCCUCGAGUUCGACAGGUUGGUCCAAUCCGUCUGUUCGAUGACUGGCGAUGAGAAUCUACGUUCGCAGUGGGAGGAAGUACGCCGGGGCCUUCAGCCAAAUGAGCCACAGGGGAGUUCUGAUUUCAUUGACCUUGCGCCUUUGAGUGACGAGGCGAAGCAGCAUCUUAAUGACCCAGAACUUGGGUCAAUGGAAACCGAGAUGAUGUACUUCUGCCAAACGUUUGAGGCGCGAAAAAGGUUCAAUGCGGGUUACGCCCGAGCCAUUGGGGGUUCCUUCAAGGCGAUCGGAUUGGGGGACAUGGACGCCGCCGAUGCCCAACUCGAAGCUUUUGUCUCGACCUGCGACUCGGAGAGCACUCUCAAAAUAAGGGAGGUGCUCGACUACAUGAUCCCGACCCUAGCACAACUUGAUCGGGUGGAUGAAAUGAGACAGGCUCUUCCACAUUAUCUUUCAGACUGGUUCGUUAGAGGCGGAGUAGAGGACAUUCGUCUGGUCUGCGAUCGUAAAGGAGUCACCAGUGAUGUUCGGGAACACGCGAUUAAAGUUCGUAGGGAUACUGCCGAGCAGGACAUAUCCAUGUGCUUCAUGGCCCAGGCUUGGGAUAAGGGACCUAGGAUACUGCGGAAUAUCGCCACCGUGCUCCCCGACUUUUUCUAUAAAGCAAGAACACAGCCAAAGCCAGACACCUGGCAACUGCUCACCUUCAUCGGUGCUUUUUAUGAGCGGGCUUCGAAGCUCGACAAAGCGAUCGAGAAUUAUCUAAACGGUCUACACCAGGUCGAGAAUCUGAGAUCUAUGAUUCCAAACCCCGACGACCGGCGCAAAGCUUACUCGACGCAGCACACUGCAGAGUUAUUCUGCGGCCUGGCUCGAACAUCAGUCGCCCUCUCGAGACGGACUGAUGCAAAACAUCCAGAUGAGUACCGCCUGCCGACAUCCUCUUGGCUAGAUCAGGCGCUCAUCUUCCUUGAGCGCGGCCGGGCAAGAACGUUACUCGAUAUACUACAGGCACAUGAUUUUGCGGGUGUGGAGAGCCUUCAAGCGUCGAUGGAAGAGUUAUACCGAAAUCGCCUGCUGUCAACAUUGAUCCAUUCACAGUGUAGGCCUGGGGACGAGCAGAACCUUUUGACGAGGGCACGGAAUGUUGCAGAGAAGCUCGGAAUAUCCGCGGAUACAUUCGAUCCGGUUGGAGAGGCUCUUAAAGGGAGGGACGAGACCAUAGCACAGAUCUUCAAAAAUACCAUGUUCGUCCCAGAUGUGGAUGGACUUCUUCGCUCAAUUCCUGCGAACGCGAUCGUCAUAGAAGUUGGCAUUUGUAUGAGUGGCACAAUUGCCCUGUGCAUCUCAUCGUCAGGCAUCCAAUCCGUGCACCAGUCUGACCUCGGAACAUUCGCAUUACGCAGACUAGUUGUUGGCUAUCUUGGAAAGAUAUUAGCCUUCCAAAAGGACCCAACGCCCCCUGAGGCGGCCAAUCUGAAGGAGGGUCUUGAUGAUAUCGCGGCUAGGAUAUCUACCCAGCUGAUUGAACCUUUUGCUGAACAUAUUCGUGGCAGCAAUACUGUCAUUUUUGUGCCUACUUCAUAUCUGAACGUCUUUCCUCUGGGUGCAUUGAUGCUAGACGGCGAGCCCCUGGUCCUAACAAAGCCGUUCUACCAGGUACCGAGUUUGGCUGUUCUGCAACGGAUUUCUGAAAAGGCGGCCAAAUCCCAGCCGGGGACCACGAUUUGCGCGGUAGCAGACUGUGAUAAAGCCAACCCGAUAGUUUAUGUUGGUCCUGAAGUGGUCUCAGUCUGCAGUGCCUUUGGCGUAGAACCGGUCACGAGCGACCAGUUCCCGCAAGCCAUGAAAGCAGCUGAGCUCAUCCAUAUCGCAGCUCAUGGUACAGAAAACUCCUCCUCUCCCUGGGAAUCCACAAUCCUCGGCGACACGUUUCGUGUCCUCGACAUGGCCACAAAGGAUUGCAGCGCCUCGCUGGUGGUAUUCAGCUGCUGCCUCAGCGGCAAAGGCGAGAUCAACGCCGGUGACGACCUUGUGGGGUUCGCACAUGCUGUACUUCAAUCCGGGGCCCGAGCAUUUCUUGGGGGCUUAUGGAGAGUCUGCGACGAACUAGCCAUGCUCUUGAUGCAUCUGUUUUACAAGAUACUCUCAAGACACAGAAAUGCCCCUCCGGGCGCUGAGAUAUGUGUGGCAAACGCCUGGCACCAGGCCGUCCGAGCUUUUUACCGGCUGGACGAACGAAACGCACUUGCACUAGUUGAUGAACUGGAGAACCUCUGGCGAGCCACCAAGGACACAAGUGCCAGGCCGGACGGUGAUUAUGGCAAACUAAAGUUUCAUUUGAAUCAAUUACGGGCGAUGAUAACGCAAGGGAAAGUGGACUUUACCUCUCCUCGCAAUUGGGCUCCCUUUGCUCUGGUUGGAUGUGGGAAUGUCAAGAUUGUGGGAUCAGCUCCAGACGCAGAAGAUAAUGGACUCGUUAACGGCCCCGGCGAAUUGGUUCACAAUCUGCGAUAUCUCCGUACUUAUAAUUCAAUUGUGGCGAACGAUGACGGAGCACGAUAG